AUGCCUCACGCCCAUCACAAUAUGGCGUUGAGGCACUCCCACGCCCGACGAGAGGUCAUCCCAACCGCUAGGCUGCCGUUCCUUGUUCCUUCGGAUACAAUCCACCAUGCCCCGUCUCUAGUCGCCCGAGCUCCCGCUGCGGAGAGUACUGGCGAAAAGCCCACCAGCAACAUGACCACGACUGUCUUGCCAGUCGUACUUGGUGCAGGUGUCCCCAUUCUUUGUGCUAUCAUUGUCCUCAUCGUUCUCCACCGUCGCCAUGUCAAGAAGCUCAUGCGUGAAGACGCCAAUGACAAGCACAAGUCUCUCGAUUUCGGUAUGGAUCUGGAUGCUGUUCCUGGAGGGAGAAGGAGAAACGGCCCCCCGGGCCCGAAUGGCAUGCCCCAGAUGAUGGAACCAAGCCACACGAAAGGAGGAAUGUCGAUCGACAUGAUGCACCCUUAUCUCCUGCCCCCCCGGACUCCAUGGCUCCCAGGAUACCGCCCGUCAGCCGUUGGUGCUUUUGCUGCCGCUCACCCUGACAACCGUUCCAUUCGCUCCCGACCCCAUCGUGACGAUGCAUCGAGCUUUGCUGGUUCGACGUCUCGUUUUGGUGCUUCCGAAGAACCAAAGUCUGGGCUGUUGCAAAACGCCCAGCGCAUGUCCCGCUCCUCGCCUCCUCCCGUCUACAAGAGCCCCUCGCCCGAUUCAUCUACUCGUUCCCAUGCCCAGUCUCCUCAAGACCGUCUCGGCCCUGUGCCUGGCAUGGGCCCGACUCCUUCGGAUCAUGGUGAACGUGGUCUGGCCAUUGGAACUGCGACUGCCGGUCACCCCAAUGGUCAGGGCCAGGCACUCCCGUACCCCGACUCGAAUACCGCAAGUCUGCAUUUUGAUACCGACCCUCAUUCUUAUGACAACCAUCAAGACCGCCCCAACUUCCCUCUCCCAGAACCUCAGGCGGGAAAUGCUCAGUCCUCCACCAUGCAACUUCCCCGCAUUUCUCUCCCGUCUAGUGACGUGACGAGUGACUAUGGAGAUGACCGACAUGAACGCCGAUCAUCCCUGAUGAUCCCUGCCGUCAAUGUCCAUGCUGCCGAUAUGCACGAAGAAACACCAGGAAAGGAUACCAAGCUGCCGGAACUUCCAGAGGAGACACCAAAAACCCUGGACACCCAUGAUGUCCGCCGGGAUACUCGCCGUUUGACUCUCGGGGUGCGCCCUCUGCCACCAGACGACCCGACUGACAACCCCGAGCAGCGUGCCAACCGGAUCCGAUCUUUCUACAAGGAGUACUUUGAUGAUAGCAAGCGGGAGACAACCUACAUGGAAGACUAUGGUACCGAUUACUACGAUGACGGUACCUACGCCUAUGACCCAGCUACCGGAGACUACUAUGAUACUAGCGCACCCCCACCCAUGCCAUUCGCCGAGCCUAUGGGCCGUCGUGCCAUGACACCUCCCCCUCGAGCACCUCCUCGCUUCCAAGGAGCCGCUCGCCAUAUGGCAACAAACUCAGCCGGCAACGGGUUCAGUGGGUACAACACACCUCCUCCACGAGCAUUCUCAUCCGCCUCUGGCGCAUUCGGGGCCGGUCCCCGCGCUCCUCGCCGCCCAAUGCCACCCCCAGCCCCUCUGCAAGUGCUGCCGACCCCUCACAUGCUCAAGGAUGACAUGUUCGCCCACGAGUUUGCGCCCGCCCACACCAUCCGAGACCGAGCUGCCGGUCGACCCGAGACUCCCACUGGCGGCAUGCGGCCCUAUAGCCCGGGCAUGCGUGCGCACACGCCGCUGGCAUCAGCAUUUGACGAGCUCGCCGCCAUCCCCAGCCCGCACAUGCUCCGCAAGUCCGGCACUUUCACAAGUCUGGACUUUGCGCCGCCGCCGCGAUUCAAGAACGAGGGAGGCCCCGCUAGCGACUCUGGUAGUAUCCGCAGUAACCGCACUGGCAUUUCCAACAUUCAUCAGAACAAUGUGCGCAAUGGCAACUACCGCGUCAGCCGACUCCCACCUGACAUGGUUGGCACCAAGGAUGAUCUGAUGGUCUCACUGAAACCCGAAUGGGACAUGAACCGGUAA